AUGAGCAACGAGUACGUCUUCUCAUUCCAGUCAGAUAUCAUAGCUCUCCAGCUACCGGAUCAUGUCGAGGAAACCUUGCCCAAGAACGUGGUUCUCAAGAUAGAGUAUCCGAAGAGAAGGCACCUCUUCGAUCCGGUAAAGACGGGCCUCUUCAACAACGAGGCUCUCAUCUACAACCGGCUGCGGCCGCUGCAAGGAAGCAUCAUACCGAGAUACCUAGGCUUCGCGAGCAUUACGGGCAGGAGAGCGCACCUCUUCGACAGACUUUGA